AUGCCUGCAAUAAAGUUACAAGAAUUGAAUUCAAUUCAUUCACGGAGCGCCAGGCUGAAUCACAUCCCAAACGAAUGGUCGCCCACAAUUGGAGCGCCAGAGGAGCUCGAGGAGAAGGAGCAGGGUCGACGGGUCGAGGGGCACGACUCGAGGCGCCCUGCAACAAAUUAUUUAAAAAGUUAUUGCCGCAUUAAGCGUCAUGGUGUUAAUAACAGUAAAACUUUAUGUUGGCUGACACUGACUUUGAUUUUAUUGGCCAACCGAUUUGGAAUUGCAAUGGGAACGGCAACGGGAACGGGCACAGCAGUCGGAACGCCGGAAACUCCAGCUGCCGCAGGAUCCAGUGGAUUGCCGACGGAACUGCAAAUCGGAACCUGCAAACAGGCCCUGGGCAUGGAGUCUGGCGCCAUCGCCGACUUUCAAAUAACGGCCAGCUCGGCUCAUGAUAUGGGAAAUGUGGGUCCCCAGCAUGCCAGACUUAAAGUGGACAACAACGGAGGCGCCUGGUGUCCGAAGCACAUGGUUUCUCGUGGCCUGACGGAGUACCUGCAAGUGGACCUGCUGGGUGUCCACCUGGUCAGCGCCAUCCGAACCCAGGGCCGCUUUGGCAAAGGUCAGGGACAGGAGUACACCGAAGCCUAUGUAAUCGAGUACUGGAGGCCGGGCCUCAAGAAAUGGAUUCGAUGGCGCAGCCUUCAAGGCAAAGAGGUGCUGCCCGGCAACAUAAACACCUACAGCGAGGUGGAGAACGUGCUCCAGCCCAGCGUCUUCGCGUCCAAGGUGCGACUCUAUCCCUACAGCCAGUACGACCGCACCGUCUGCCUGCGCGCCGAGAUCGUCGGCUGUGCCUGGGAAGAGGGAAUUGUGUCGUACAGCAUUCCCAAAGGCAUGCAGAGGGGCAUGGACAUCGAUUUGUCGGACAAAACCUACGAUGGCUACGAGGAGGGCGAUCAUUUUGUGAACGGUUUGGGCCAACUCGUCGAUGGUCAGAGGGGCAAGGAUAACUUCCGGGCCGAUAUCAAUGGCCUUGGCAAAGGCUACGAAUGGAUUGGCUGGCGAAAUGACACUUUGCUCGGGCGACCUGUGGAAAUCAUAUUCGAGUUCGAGACAGUUCGGAAUUUCAGCGCGGUUAUCAUACACACCAACAACAUGUUUUCCAAAGAUGUUCAGGUGUUUGUCCAUGCCAAGGUGUUCUUCAGCAUUGGCGGUCGCCACUUCUCUGGCGAGCCGGUGCAGUUUUCCUAUAUGCCCGACCUAGUUUUGGAUCAUGCACGCGACGUGACCAUCAAGUUGCACCAUCGCCUGGGGCGCUACCUGCAGUUGCAUCUGUACUUUGCCGCCCGCUGGAUGAUGAUUAGCGAGAUAACAUUUAUAUCCGUUCCCGUGGUCGGCAAUUUCACGGACGAGCUGCUGAAUGGCGAGAAACAGCCGGCCACUUCAGAGUAUCCUUUGCAACGCGAUGAAGUCGGACGAGCGAUUAGCAGCGGAGGUGAACGAAGCCAGCACACGACUCAAGUUAUCUCUCCGAAGCCCAUUGACCACCUGGAACCGGAGACGAGCUUCGUCGGCGUCGUAAUCACAGUGCUGGGCACAAUAAUAAUGCUACUCGUGGCAUUCAUACUGCUGAUGGUGGCACGCAACAAGCACGCGAGGGGCAGGGAGAACGCACUGGAUGCCUUCCAGCACAACUUCAACCCGGACACACUCAACGGCAACGGUGUCCUGAAGGUGGUCACAACAAUGGAUGACAAUGAGUCGUCCAUUGACAAGAACAGUCUGUACCAUGAGCCCUUCAACGCGAACAUGUACACCAGUGCGGCGAGUGCUUGCCCCAUGAAUGACCUGCAGCGUCAGCAUGUAUCACCCGACUAUACAGAUGUGCCGGACAUUGUGUGCCAGGACUACGCGGUGCCUCACAUGCAGCAGCUGCUGCCCAAGCCCCCGCCAUGCGGUUCGUCAUGCGGAACGGGCAUGGGCACGGGCACGGGUCCUGGAACAGUAACUGGAUCGAGUCCUGAAUUCGUUGUUGCCACAGGCAAAGUGACCGCCAGCGCACGCAACUCUCUUAAUGCGGCCACCCUGCCGCUACCUUCGCCGCCCGUGCCACCGCCGCCGGAGAAAUAUUACGCAGCAACGCCAGUGUGCAACAAACCCAUGCCCGUGCCACCGCCGGGCUCCCAGAGCAGCGGAUCCCUCAGCUCGUCGACUACGGCUGCGACCACGCCCACCAGUGGUGGGGGCGUGGGCAAACCGCAUCAUUACAAUUUGGAUAUGAGCGCAAAUUUCGCCGACAUUAACGAGGAGCGGGCCAAUUGCCAAGUGCAGGAGUUUCCGCGUCAGUCGCUGGUCAUCGUCGAGAAACUGGGCUCCGGCGUAUUUGGUGAGCUGCAUUUGUGCGAAACAAAUGUGCUGAAUGCUACCCUCGUGGCAGUGGCAACCCUGCGACCCGGCGCCAAUGACCACCUGCGCAAGGAGUUCCGCAGCAAGGCGAAGCAGCUGGCCCAGCUGAGCGACCCCAAUGUGGCCAGGUUGGUGGGUGCCUGCCUGCGGGAUGAGCCCAUCUGCAUUGUGCAGGACUACUCGCACUGCCUGGGCGACUUGAACCAGUUCCUGCAGGAGCACGUGGCCGAGACCAGCGGACUGAUGGCCAAGAAGAGUCUUAGCUUCGGGUGCUUAGUCUACAUUGCCACACAAAUUGCAUCGGGCAUGAAGCAUUUGGAGCAAAUGAAUUUCGUUCAUCGGGAUCUGGCGACAAGGAGCUGCAUCAUUGGCCCCGAACUGUGCGUCAAAGUCUGCUCCAUCGGCACUGUGAUAAAUCGCUCGGCCUACGCGACCGACUACUGCCAACUGGAGGGCUUCACCGGCAGACAGAGCCAGCCCAUGCCCAUUCGAUGGAUGGCUUGGGAGAGCGUCUUACUGGGCAAGUUCACAACGAAAUCGGAUGUGUGGUCCUUCGCAGUGGCCCUGUGGGAGAUAUUGACCUUCGCCAGAGAACAGCCCUACGAGCAUUUGUCGGACAAAAGUGUAAUUGAAAACAUUGGACUCAUAUACCGCGACUACAAAAUGCAUGAACUUUUGCCAAUGCCUCCGAAUUGUCCGCGCGAGAUUUACGAUCUGAUGUGCGAGUGCUGGCAGCGGGACGAGUCGAGUCGACCCAGUUUCCGUGAGAUACAUUUGUAUCUGCAGCGCAAGAAUCUAGGUUUUAAGCCACAGACACAUACACACAUGUAUUGAAGCACUCGGCAUUCAGCAUUCUAGGUGUAGAAACACGAAUUGAGCAUGAUUUUAGCAGGUGUAUUAAUUCAAUUAUCAAUUCUGACAGCUAUCCGGGAAUAACAUACUUAUUUUAAAAGAUAAAUGCAUGUAGAGAACUUAGUAAUAACAAUAAGCUGAUAGGCUUAUAAACGAAAACCAAACCCCGAAUUUAAUACGUUACAUUUCUUUCCACUGGUAUGCAAAACCGGAAAUGAUCAAAUUAUGUAUAUCAGAGGUAACGACUGUUUGUACGGUAAAACACAGGAAUCGCUAACAAAUAUUAUACUUCUAAGGACACAAUCAAGUGAAUAGCUUAUAAAAAUCCUUCGAGUAAUACACAUUAAAAGAGUUUAAAUGUAAAUAAUAUUGGUAGUAAACUCCGU